AGAUAGGAAGGACAACAUGAUUCACUUUCAACUCCACCAACAUUUCCUUCUCCUCAUGUCUCUCUUUUCCCUAGGACAUGCUGAUAUCCUGAAUGAUGGAAUCAUAGGAGGUCAUGAAGCCAAACCUCAUUCGAAGCCUUACAUGGCGUAUCUGACUAUGAAACAUAAUGGAAAAACUUAUAUAUGCAGUGGAUUCUUAGUGAGUGCUCAGUUUGUGAUGACUGCAGCACAUUGUGAUGGAACUGAUAUUAAUGUUCUUUUGGGAAGUCAUAACGUACAUACGCAUGAGAAAUCUCAACAGAAGUUUGAAGUAAAACAAAAGUUCCUCCACCCAAAUUACACAGAAGCUUUAAAAGGUUUUGAUAUCAUGUUAUUAAAGUUGAAUCGUAUUGUAAAUCUGAAUUCACGUGUGCACAUUAUUCUACUUCCAAAGGAAAAUAGUGAUGUCCCUGUAGGCACAGUGUGUAAUGUUGCUGGGUGGGGGUUAGUAAACUCUUCAAGCGUUUCUAAUGUUCUUAUGGAAGUGAAUGUACCUGUCAUCAGUAAUGAUGAGUGCAGAAAGGAAAUACAUGUGCUGACAGACAACAUGAUGUGUGCUGGUGAACCUGGAACAAACAAGGAUUCCGCACAGGGAGAUUCUGGUGGUCCAUUAGUCUGUAAUGGUGAGGCACAGGGCAUUGUUUCCUUUGGAGAAGAAAAACCACCUGGAGUGUACACUCGUAUCUCAAAAUUCAUACCUUGGAUCAAGAAAACCUUACAAAGCUUUGAGUAAUUGUACUGCUGAGCAUUUUCAUUUAAAUCAUCCUUUCUUUGCAAUGUGAUAUUCUAUGUAGUUAAUUGAGUCAAUAUAAUUAAUACAAAGCUAAUGCACACCGAUAUAAGUAAUACAAAGCUGUUAGAUCGAAUCUGUAUGUGGUUCAUAUGCAAUCAUAUAUCUUGCUUAAGACUUUACAAUAUCACUACAUGCAACCUUUAACAUAUUCUGUAGUACUACACAUGCUUUUAUUUGAAUAUAUUUUUCACCCAUAUUUUGUUCAGAUUUAGACCAAGACAAGCUUAUAGUCUGCAUUAACGUAUGCCCAUGGUUACCAUAAGUCAGUGUCAAAUGGUUUCAUUAUUAAUGGAUAGAGACUGUAACACAGUUUGCAGUGAUGAGUUGAAUUUCUUAACUGUCUCUGUUGCUUGCUUUAAUUAGACUGUUAACUACGUAAAGCUCAUAAAAUAAAAAGAAAAGAUGCUCAUGAGAA